AUGUUUCGAAAUUGCACAACUCCUAACGCUGGAGGUGCAAUUUUUGUUUAUGAACGGCAAGCAAAAAUUAGUAUUGAUGAUUGCUUUUUUAUUCAAUGUACUGCAGCGAUAAAUGGCGGCGCUGUAUCCAUAACGUCCGAUCAUUUAUCCAUGAAUAAUUCUUUUUAUACAAAAUGUGUUUGCCCUGGAAUCAUUUAUGGCGGACAAUCAUUUUAUGCUGAUGCUUACUCUAUGUGUUACACCUUGGAUUCGAUGGAUAAAUGCCCAGAAAAUUUAAAAGAAAAUGGCUUCGAAUUAUUAAUAGCUAGACAAGGAAUUCAAACGUUUUCUAUGAUCAACUCUACAAACAAUAUUGCAACUCAUUAUGCAAGCGGGCUUUUAUCUGGAGAAUCAAAAAGAUUUAAGCUGAUUUACGGCAAUUUUGUCAACAACAGCUCUCCAAAUCAUAUAUUAGCUUUGACGCAUAUAAGGCCUGAUGAUACCCUCAAAUACGUAAAUUUGAUUCAAAACAACGUUACAGAAGAUUCUUUGAUUUUCCUGUCCGGCUCAUGCGCUGUUUUCCGUAACUUUAUAGUAUUUGGUAACACUGGUACAUUUGUCUGCCAUCAACCUCUCUACGGCUACGUUUAUUUUGUUCUCAAAGAUUCAAAAACAGAUUUAGGAAGAACAGAGCUUGGUUCAGUUCAAGGUCUGAUGAAAGAAUACGGCGUUGUAUUUAAUGCAAAUGAUAUGAAACCAAUUUCUUUUCCAAAAGUUCUGAACUUGAAUUCUUCCAAUCUGCAAGUAACUGGACAGUUUAAACUUGGUGAAGUAGCUGAAUAG